GCUUAACCCUCUAGACAGUCCUCACCACAUGAGGAUAGACGAGGAAUCUGACUACAGGGAAGGCGUCGUGGUCGACAGGCCUACCAAACAGAAUAAAGGGUCGUUUGUCGACUGUGGAAUGAGAAAGGAAGUUCAGAUUGAUAAGCAGCUGCAGCCUGGACUACGAGUCACAGUACGGCUCAGCAAGACACAAAAUCCAGAAGGCAAAGCAUAUAAAGGUGUUGUCGUGGCUCCUCACGUGCCCAGGUCUGAAGGUGGUUAUUAUUGGGGCUACAGUGUUCGUCUGGCAUCCUGUCUCAGUGCAGUUUUCACUGAAAGCCCCUUUAAAGGAGGAUAUGAUUUGACUAUUGGUACAUCAGAAAGAGGCAGCAAUGCAGACCAGGCAUCACUGACGCCAUUCAAACAUCUCUUGGUCGUUUUUGGAGGUCUUCAGGGAUUGGAGGCCAGUUUAGAUGCCGACCAAAAGCUGGAUGUGACUGACCCCAGUGUUUUAUUUGACCUUUACCUCAACACGUGUCCCGGUCAGGGCAGCAGGACCAUUCGUACCGAGGAGGCCAUCUUAAUUUCCAUGGCGGCCCUGCGGCCAAAGAUCACAGCUGCUGUUUCCAGCAGUAGUGCUUCAUUAGAAGCACUAAUGUUUUAAAGUCCAGAUCUGGAGCAUUUAGCAUUGCCUUCUGUAAGAAUAUUUCACCCAAUUUUUGCAUUGAAUGCAGUCAGCAAUAGAUCUGCUAAUGUUGUCUGAUGUUUAUUAUCCCUGUUGCUUCAAGAAAUUGCACAUAUUGAACCAUAAAUACUAUUCAGAUGCAUGAACUGGUGUGUUUUGUGUCAGCAGUACAAAUCUAUUCCACGAAAAACAGUGCAGAGACCAUCAUGGACAAACAAAUGGGAACAAACUGUUUAUUAACAGAUUUUGAUUUUCAACUGUAUUUUCAUAGGUUUUAAAGGGUUUCCUAAUGAUAUAGACCUCCACCAUUGAAAUUCACACUACUCCUAUAUAAUUAAGUAACAGACAACCAAUAGCUAUUAAACCGUAGUGAAAAACCUCUCUAUAUAGAAUUUUGUAUUGAUUUAUUUUAAGUGGGUCCACUGGGGGAGAUUUUUUAGGCAGUGAACUACCAGGCCCAUUUCUGUAAUUUACCACAUUUAUUUAUUAGU